AUGGGCAUUCGGUCGCUCUUCAAGCCCACCUUGGCCCACAUGGCGGGCUCCUUGGUGACUGGGGUGAUCCUCGCCAUCGGCCACCAUCUGUUCUACCGCCAUCUGGCCGGUACGCGCCCCCCCGACGCAGUCUACGCAGCCUUUGGCCGUUCGAGCGGCUUGACCGGCCAGCAGCUCAACUUGGCCGUCGGCUCUGCGUUUGCCUUUCUUGUCAAGGCCUUUCUAGGGAUGGGGAUCUCCCUUGCGCACGACCAGGCGACCUGGAGGACGAUCAAAGCGCGGCCGAUGCCCAGUGCCUUCAUCGAUGGAGCCUUUGCGGCCAAAACCAGCCUCUUUGAUCUCUUGAAUCUUCAUUUGUGGAAGCGAAGUGUGUCGACCAUGCUGCUCGCCGUGGUCUAUUGGCUCCUCCCCCUCACCGUCUUCUUCCCCCCAGCGACGUUGACCGUGCAGUUCGCUGCGUCUCCAAGCAGCUCACUGCGCCGAGUGCCCCGACUCGACUUUACCAGCACCAACUAUGCCAACCUCUUGCUCCAGAGCGUCAACAUUGACGACGUGGUAUCCCAGUCUGCGCUGACGGAGGAUUACUAUUACAGCAAUGCCCAGUUUGCCGUGCAGGCCGCGGUGGCAGCCUCGCUCACCGAAUCGCAGAUCCUGCCCGUGGCAUCGCCGGCCCUCAACGCGACAUGGAUGCUGGCCUUCCCGGCUCCGGCGCUGUCGUGCUCCCUGGUGGGCGCUGACUUGUACGUGAGGAUCGCGGAGAAUAUCGUAGAAUUCCUGGAAUACACCAAAUGUGCCGCCUCAUAUGGCUAUCUGUGUUGGACGCCAGAUGCUGGAGCCAACGGCUCGCUCCCCUUUGACAGCCAAACCAACUAUACGCUGCGCUCGUCGGCCCUCGGACCCGUCGACAGUGAAGAUGGCGCGGCUCUAUCCCUCUUCGUGGCCGUCCUGCCGGGGAUGGAAUAUAACCCCGACGCCUUGGGGUGCAUCGCCAGCGUGGAAGAAGCGGAAGACACCCUGGUAGACUCCGUCACGAUAUCCCAGCAGGUGGCCAACGCGACCAUUGCACAGUGCAAGCUGUACAAUGCCUCGUACACGGCCAAUUUCACCUAUGUCGAGGGGUCGCAGGCGGUAGAUCUCUCAAUCAAUGACUCGUACUACAAUCCCGUCUCCUGGUUGUAUGGAUUGUCAUCAACGACCAUGUUCGAAGAUGAGGCCUCGAAUGGAACCUUUCUGCCGGGGACGUACAACACGACCAUCAUGGAGACCUUUUCUUACCAGGCGGUCAUGGAGGCCUUCAAUGAGAUGCUGCUCGGCGGCAUUGCCAUCGUCAACGGGCUGCAGUUCGAGGUGGACGCCAUCUAUCAGGCCGUGAAUACCAACGUUGUGAGCACCGGACUCAUGAACACCAAGGAGAUGGCCUUUCUGAACAACUUCAACUUUAGCGAAGCAAAAGGCCAGUCCCUAACCGCUGCCACGCUGCCUACCACCUCCUGGAACGGUCUGUCCGUAACUCCAGUCCAGAAUCACACGUUACCCAUAGUCGAUGCGCUGGAGGAAAUGUUUCGGAAUGCAACCAUCUCAUUAAUGAACUCAUACCUACUACAACCCAAUUACUCGUCCCCCUAUGCUCCGCCCGAGACAAACGUCACCAUCACCCCUUACUACAACCGCUACGUCUACUCCCAGUCCAUCCUGUGGCUCUCGUACGGGAUUGGGAUUAUCUUGUCCCUUCUCGCUGUGGUUUCGGGUAUCCUCUGUAUCUGGUCAAAUCAAGGCACCUAUACCACACAGUUCUCGACCUUCCUACGAGUCGCAAAGGGGGUGUCUCUAUCCACGCCGAUUUUCAUGUCAGAUACCGAUGGGAAGGAUCCCACUCCGAGAUAUAUCAAAGACCUCGUUGUUGAGUUCCCUGACAAGUACACUCCUGUCUCUGGGAAUGACCAUGAUGAAUAG